UUUAAUUUAUCCAAUCACAGUCUGGCAAGCUGUUGAUUCGCGCCAACUUUGAUAAACAGCGGUAAAAGAAGCACAAAGAAGUCAAAAGCAAAUAAUUUUCAGAUUCAGAAUGUCAGCGCAAGUGCAACGGAAACUUGAAUUUCAAGUUAGGAAGUCAACUAGAUCCCAGACACAAAAAUCUUUAGAAUCAACAAAAUCCACACCAAUAGUUUCUACUGGCCAGAAAAAUACACCAAGAUCAACUCGCCGCUCCGCCAGAAAUAAACAAGCAGAUGAUGAAAAUUUAACACCUGUUGUCAGGAAAGAUUUGCAAGCAUCACCGCGUAAAAGAUUGAGUGAUGAUAGUGAUGAAGAUAAUGUCCCACAAAACGGCACACCUAGUCCAAGUAAAAAAAAGAAAGAGAACCAGCCUGUGGCACAGCGUAGAGAUGAGACACCCAUCCGUACCAGUCUGGCCAUGAAACUUGCAGCAGCUAAAAUAUCAGAUGAAAGCAAGAAGCCAGUUAAGGAAACAGUCAUAACAGAGGUCUCACCUCCUAGGUGUCCAUUGUCACCUAUUAAAGUGACCAGUCUACAGAAUCACCUGCUCUCGUCACCCGUAAAAUCACCAUUGAAACUUACAACUCCUCUAGAGAGAACAGUAUCACCUCUAAAGUUAAAUUUGCAGCAACGACUUGCUCCGUCAUCUCCUGUCAAAUCACCAAGGAAACAAGAAUUUGAUGAAAAAGCUCUGUUAGCAUCACCUGUUAAAUCACCAUGGAAACUAAAUAUGCUUCAAAGAACGGAUAUGACUUCUCCAAAAAAAUCACCACGGAAACUGAACUUCCUUCAUAGGGCUGAACUUUCAUCACCUGUUAAAUCACCGAGAAAGGCAAAAGCUGAAAGCCCAACAAAAAGAUCCCCUAUUAAGUCUCCAAGUUUAAAGCUGGGAAAACUUGACUGUGCUGCCUACCACAAAGCCAAGCAGAUGUUUCACACGGCAAAACCAGAAAGACUGGUUGGUAGGGACAAAGAGAUUGGGGAGGUGCGAGCGUUUAUGAAAGGUCACAUGACCAGGAAAACUGCGGGAAGUUUGUAUAUUUCUGGAGCGCCCGGCACGGGGAAAACUGCCGUGUUGACAAGUAUUAUAGAUGAGAUGAGGGCUCACCACAGUUGUAAGACGGUGUAUUUAAACUGUAUGCCCACUAAAAACCCUCGGGGAAUUCUUGUGUUAGAUGAGAUAGAUCAGCUAGACAGUAAGAAUCAGGAGAUCCUGUACACUAUAUUUGAAUGGCCGUCCCUGAAGAAAUCCAGACUUAUACUUGUUGGUAUUGCUAAUGCCCUAGAUCUGACAGAUCGAGUGUUACCCAGACUUCAAGCACGACCUAACUGUAAACCUAAACUCCUGAAUUUUGCACCAUACACGAAAGAUCAGAUAGCCACAAUACUGAAAGAUAGGAUUAAAGAUUUAGAGAACGAAGGAUCAGCUGUUAUGGAUGGAACGGCCAUACAGUUUUGCGCACGUAAGAUAUCAGCGGUCGCUGGUGAUAUGAGAAAGGCUCUAGACGUAUGCAGACGAGCAGUGGAGCUGGUAGAGACAGAUGUCAAAAGUCAGCGAGUGUUGAAAUCUUCAGAUUCAACUAUGAGCAGCCCUUCCAAAUGUUCACCAAAAGUGCCAAAGAAGAUCGGUGUGCUACAUAUAAACAACGUGUUAUCUGACAUCUAUGGUAGCGGGUCGGCCGCCCAGCAACAAGAGACCAUACCUCUACAACAAAAACUCAUAGUCUGUAGUCUGUUGUUGAUGUUAAAACAAGGAAAGAUGAAAGAAGUGCCUGCUGGGAAAUUGCAUGAAAUAUACUGUAAAAUAUGCAAGAACCGUCAGAUGGCAGCCAUUGAUCAGACAGAGUUUCAGGGUGUUAUAACUUUACUAGAGUCUCGUGGAAUGAUUGGUAUCAAAAAAGCCAAGGAGACCAGACUGAAUAAGGUGACAUUGAAACUUGAUGAGAGAGAAUUGGAGCAUACCAUGCAGGAUAAAGUUCUGGUAUCAACCAUUCUGAAAGAAGGUUUGCCAAAAUGAUGAUGCUGAUUUCAGUUUGAACAAAGUUUGUGUUCUUGUUUUUAAAGCACAGUCUGGUGUGGGACUAAACUGCAGAACAAUUGAGAUACAGUCUACAGUUUUAAUUUUUUAACACAGUCUGGACCACCAGAUGUGUUUGGACCACCUGUGUUUGUAUCUUCUCGACUGAGAUACAGUCUGCAAAAAAAAAAAAAAUAUUCAAGAUCAGGUCCCAAAUUGUAAUGUUGGUAGACUUGGGCCAGUUUUUAUUAACAAGAACUUGCUUGUUAAAAA